UGGCCAGGAUGGUGGUGCUGGGGAGCUACUGCGAGGGCAACAGCUCCUUCGCGCAGGCCUGGGUGCAGCAGGGCUUCCAGCCCUGCUUCUUCUUCACGCUGGUGCCGGCCGUGCUGCUGAGCGUCUGCCUGCUGCUGGGCGCCCUGCAGUACGCCUGCUACGUCCGCUUCGGCCGCGCCAUGGAGCCCAAGUACAUCCCCCGCUCGCGCCUCUACCGUGUCCAGGUCCUGCUGUCCCUGCUGCUGGCCCUGCAGCCCCUCGGCGGGCUGCUAGGCCAUUGCACUGUCCUCCUCCUCUUCUGGGCUCUGGCCUUCGCCGCUGAGAACCUGACCUUGGUGUGCUGGAGGAGCCCGCUGUGGUGGUGGGCGCUGGAGGACACCAACCAGAAGGUGCAAUUCAGCCUCUGGCUGCUGCGUUAUGUCUGCACCUUCAUGCUCUUCGUCCUGGGCAUGAAAGCCCCGGGGCUGCCCCACAAGCCCUACAUGCUGCUGGUGAACGAGGAGGAGCGGGACGUGGAGAACAGCCAGCCUCUUCUGUCAGAUGCCAGCAGGACCACGUCCACCUGGAAGGAUUUCCGGAGGAAGCUGCGGCUGCUGGUGCAGUACAUGUGGCCGAGGGGCAACCGCCUGCUGCAGGGGCUGGUGCUGUUCUGCAUGGCGCUGAUGGGGCUGGAGCGGGCCAUCAACGUCUUCGUGCCCAUCUACUACAAGAACAUCGUGAAUGAGCUGACGGAGGGGGCUCCCUGGCACACCCUGGCCUGGACCGUCUGUAUCUACGUGGGCCUGAAGUUCCUGCAGGGUGGAGGUGCCGGUGCCACCGGCUUCGUCAGCAACCUGCGCACCUUCCUGUGGGUCUGGGUGCAGCAGUUCACCAACCGGCAGGUGCAGGUGCAGCUCUUCGCCCACCUGCACGGCCUGUCCCUGCGCUGGCACCUGGGGCGCCGCACCGACGCGCGGGACAACGAGGCCAAGUCCCGGGCUGUGGACUCGCUGCUCAACUUUGAGACGGUGAAGUACUACAAUGCCGAGAGCUACGAGGUGAACCGCUUCAACGACGCCAUCAUCAAGUACCAGAUCUCGGAGUGGAAAGUCAGUGCCUCGCUGGGCCUCCUCAACCAAACCCAGAACCUAGUCAUUGGCCUGGGGCUGCUGGCGGGGUCCCUGCUCUGUGCCUACUUCGUCACUGAAAACAAGCUGCAGGUGGGAGACUAUGUUCUCUUUGGCACCUACAUCAUCCAGCUCUACACACCGCUCAACUGGUUUGGGACUUACUACAGGAUGAUCCAGAACUCCUUCAUCGACAUGGAGAAUAUGUUUGAGCUCUUCCAUGAGGAGCAGGAGGUGAAGGAUGUGGUGAACGCUGGAGACCUGCGCUUGGAGGCCGGGCGGAUCGAGUUUGAGAACGUGCACUUCAGCUACGUGGAUGGGAAGGAAAUCCUGCAGGACGUCUCCUUCUCCGUGAUGCCUGGGCAGACCUUGGCCCUGGUGGGACCUUCGGGCUCGGGGAAGAGCACCAUCAUCCGCCUGCUCUUCCGCUUCUAUGAUGUGCGGGGUGGCUGCAUCCGCAUCGAUGGGCAGGACAUCUCCCAGGUGAAGCAGGCGUCGCUGCGUGCCCACAUCGGGGUGGUGCCCCAGGACACGGUGCUCUUCAACGACACCAUCUCCAACAACAUCCGCUACGGACGGGUCACGGCCACCGACCAGGAGGGGCAAGAAGCCACCCCAGCCACGUCCGCGCUCGACACGGAGACUGAGAGGAACAUCCAGGCUUCCCUGGCCAAGGUCUGCGCCCACCGCACCACCAUCGUCGUUGCACACAGGUAG